GUCAGCCGGCCUCGAGAACUUUUGGCAACUGCGCGCAAGGUCCUACGAUUUUAGCUACAAAAGAAAAGAGCGGUAUAAAAUAUACACAUUGUUUGAGGGAUAUACAUAAAUAUUUUUGAAUCGCAAAACCCACAACGGACAAAACGAAGGGUGAAUAGAAUCCGGCGACAAGGAGCAACGGACUAGCGCUUAUGGAUGCCGCAACAGCUGUUGUUGCGGAUUCCGCGCUGGUGACCAUGAACAAGAUAAACGCGGCCAAAUGCCGAGCCUGCCUGUCGGUGGACAGAAAAACCGUCCAGCUGAACGCCCCGAUGCCGAACCUGCAAAGGUCCCGCACCUACGCCCAGAGCCUGAAACAGUGCACCAACCUGGAUUUGCGGGUAAACAGUCCCGGCGGUUACUUAUGGCCCAUGCAGAUCUGCGUGCGCUGCUGUCGCGCCUUGGAGGUGGCCAUGCACUUCGUAGAGUUGGCGCUGGAAUCGAAUCUCAAGCUGUACGCAGAGUCAAAAAGUGUGAAGCUGCCGAGUCACGGGGAACUUAAGCGUAAGGCCAGCAGCGAAACUCUUCACUGGAACCAAUUCAGCCAGGAAUUCGAGCAGUUCGUCUCGAGCUAUGAGGGAAUGACGGGACCUAUCGAGGAGAACGUCCUCUACAUGCGCGGGGCCAAGAUACCACGUCUCGAUGCGGAUGUGGCAGCUAGCAAAAAGGCACCCAAAGAGGAUGAAGUCAUCUUGUUUGAUGUCAAGUACGACACCAACGAUCUGGAGGAAGAGGACGAGAAUGACGGGUCAGAUGCCAAGAAUAACGAGACCUUCUUCGAGAGCAGUAUUACGCCUGGAGGGGCUGCUAUUGCUAACAAAGCAGUGAGCAGCAAGAACGGUGAAAACAACAACAAUUACAAAUUUAAUAACAAAAACGGAGAUUCUUUGCCGGAUGAGGAGUGCGAUCUUAUACAACGCGCCCUAUACAUGACCCUAAACGAAGAGAGUCCGAAGCCAGCCAAGGAGUCCAACAAAGGGCAACCGCCUAAAUCCCGGGAGUGUGAUGAUUCACCACCAACUCCCAAAGGGAAUACAACUCAAAUCUUGCCCAAUGGCACCAUUGCCAAUAUACCCAUCCUCAAGUGCAACAUAUGCCAAUAUACUCACACAGAUGCCAAGCAGCUGAGAGGUCAUUACAAGAGUAUUCACAAGAUAUACAUGGCCGAGGACGACAUAAUUGGCUUGAACAAAAAUCAAAGCUUUAAGUGCCGACCCUGCAAUAGUUAUGAGACGAAAGACAGAGCUGAAAUGCAAAAGCACCUCAUUGAUCACCAUAAAAUAGAUGGAGAUUUCGAAAUGUACUGCUAUGUGCAGGCCAACUGUCCGGCUUGUGCACGGAUAUUCAAAGAUCAGAGCUCAGCCCGAAAGCAUUAUACUCGGGUGCAUACACCGGCCCAGGUUGCGACCACACCACCGGAAUCGUAUGUCUGCAAGGUCUGCGAAAAGGUCUUCAAUCAGAAGGCAGGACUGCACAGCCACCAGCGGUUUUGCCAAGUCAAAGAUCCCGUGCACUGCACCUUCUGCGACCAGGAGUUCAGCAGCAUGCGCAAGUACGAGCUGCAUCUACAGCAGCUACAUGCUGUCGAGACGUUGCACGAGUGUGAGAUCUGUCACAGGAGCUUCAAGAGCGCCGACACCCUGGCCGUGCAUCGUAAGCGGCACUCUGAGCGGCACUUUCAGUGCGACAAGUGUACCCUGAACUACGUAAACUCUGCGGAGUUGCGGGUGCACUACGAGCGAGCUCAUGUGAACGAGGAGCAGGUGAGCUGCCUCACGUGUGGCAGCCAGUUCCAGAACUUCGCUCUGAUGCGCGAGCACGAGCAGAGGAGUCACCAGAAGCAGAAGGUCUGGCGCUGCGAGGUGUGCAAUUUUGAGGCCUCGACGAGGUCGCGAUGGCGUCAGCACCAGUACGAGCACAUGGAGUAUCCCUACAAGUGUCAGCACUGCACCGGCGAGUUUGCCGAUCGCAGCAAAUUCCGUCAACAUUCCAAGAAGCUGCAUGGCAUUGAGCUGAGCGACGAACAGCUGGCGGAGAUGUUCCGCGAGAAGAAGGGCUACACCAACCGACACGAUGCAUUCAAUAAGUCGAACAACUCCCUGGAGAUACCCGGCUUCACGGACGACUGCUUCACCGAACUGAAGAGCCUGGGCGUUGACUACGACGACAUAACCACAGAUCUCUUCGCCAACUCCAGCACCCUGGACCACUUGCUAGACUUGAUACCCUGAACUGAGGACCGAUUCAUUUACCUGCAUAGAAUUUACAAACACGAAGAAUAGCUGACGAGAGCUAGAAGACUGUAUCCACUUUACAAGCACCUCAACCACAACGCGUAACCGACAAAGCAUUCAUCACUAUACACCACACACAUUUAGUUCGAUCAGACCACAGUGAAGCCAUGAUUUUUUUGAACUCAUCAUCUGAAUAAACAAGAAACAAACAAGCGUUUCUGAAGCGCGCCCAA